AGCUUUUGAGCUCAGUACGCAACGCCGACAAAUGGACAUGAUGGGCGAUGGCUUGGGGCCCUUGUGGCCAGAGCCCCUCAAGGUGACUGUAGAAGGUCGCCGUAGCGAGGCGGUCCUGAGCCCCAUCGGUCCAGCGUCCAAGGUGGUGACCUCGGAUGAGGCUAUGCUUCAACAGCGCAUCGCCGUGCUCGAGGAGGAAAACCGCACGCUGAGGGCGGCCAUGGCAACCCUGCGCAACCUUGGCGAAGACGUGCUGCGUAGCCUAGCGCGACCACAGGCUGUCUCCGAGACGAGGUCCACGUCAGAGGCGGAGUCCGGGGAGUCAGGUGUGAAGCCGGCCCCCGGCCUGUCUGGACCUGAGGAGGCCCCCACGUUCACCUUCACUAUCCGGAAGGCGGACAACACGGACAUGGGCCUUGACGUGGCUUCAAGUGAUCAGUGGCAGGGGCUCCUGGUGGAGGGCAUUCUUCCUGGUGGCGCAGUGGAGGCGUGGAACAGGCAACAAGAUCCUGGGAAAGUCUCCCGGGAACUGCGCCCGGGUGAUGUAAUCCUUCAGAUCAACAACGAGACAGGUGCUGAGGCGAUGCUGAGGGAGUGCACGCAAAAGCUGCUCGUCAAGCUGACGGUGAAGCGGGGUCCGAGGCCGCAACCUCCGUGCACGACGAAGCUGCCAUCCCCCUCCUUGACCUUCGCAGACACCGCCUCGCCCCGCUCCACCUGGUCCGAUCCGCUCUGGCUGCCGAAUCCACCGUGCUUUGAGGACUCACCGGGAGCGAGGCGCAUACUUGUGGUUUGAGGACUUGGAUGCAAUGGCAGACCCCUCGUGCACCGCUGGGAUACGGGUAAUUCAUGUCACGGAAGAGCCAUUUUGGCUGCAACAGGCUUAGAUCGGUCGGGGAAUGUUUACUUGCUUUUCACUGUCCCCUCAGCGCUUGCGUG